GCGAACUGGCCGGUCAUCGUGACUGCUCCAGGAGCCUUGGGGAAAGGAAAUGAUGUCUGAGACCAAGCUACAGGGUGAGAUGAAGCCAGACGGGGGGGACAGCAGCGAGCCACUGACCACCCAGGAGCUGCUGCAGCGACUCCGGGAGCUGGAGACGGAGAAUUCAGUUUUGGCACAAGCCAACGAGAACCAGCGGGAGACCUAUGAACGUUGCUUGGAUGAGGUAGCCAAUCAUGUGGUGCAGGCGCUGUUAAACCAAAAGGACCUCCGUGAGGAAUGCAUCAAGCUGAAAAAGCGGGUCUUUGACCUUGAGCGGCAAAAUCAGGCACUGAGUGAUCUCUUCCACCAGAAACUGACAUCUGGCUCACUGUCCCAGCUGCCCCCCCAUCCUGCUUCCCUGCUCUCUGACCCAGUUUCCAGUUCCCAGCCAGACACGGUAGAGAAACUCCAGGCCCCCCUUCCCCUGGGACGCUGCAUUUUGCAGAGAGAGGCCAUCUCUGAGGAGCCGUGUGUGGGCACCCCAGGGCCCAACUCCCAGGCCUUGGAGGCUCUGUCCCCCUUCCUGCGGAAGAAGGCCCAGAUCCUGGAGGUGCUUCGCUCCCUGGAAGAGAUGGACCCCCUGCUUUCCUUUCCUGCGCCCUGGAGGGACCCCGGGCAGCCUGUCUCCCCGGAAGGCGUGACUGCCGAGGCCUGGCCGUGCCUGCUGCUGGGGCAGGGGGAGAGUGGGCCCGGGCAGCUUCCCUCCAAAGGAGAGGGCAGCUCCUCCUCCUCGUCGGAUGAGGCUGGCGAAUCGGAUCCGCCGGAGAAAGGGCGUUCUGGGCAAGUGCUGCUCAGCACUCUCACUGAGCACAAGCUGGACCUGGGGGAUGUGGAGACUUACCUGCAGCACGUCCUCCGGGAGGCGGGAGAGAAUGCCCUGCUCAACGGGGAGCCCGGUGGGCCCUGCCUGAUGGAAGGCUCUGGGGGCCAGGUCAGCAGCUACAAGCACAUCCAGGCUGUCAGCUGCCUAGAAGCCUUAGGGCCCCCCUCUGCCUGCAGGGAGCCGGCCUGCCUCGGUGUCUUGGCACCGAGCGAGGGCAAGAACAAGUCCUGGCAGGGCCCCCCCAUCCCCUCACCCUCCAAGGUGCUCAAAUUACUGAAAAUGCCACCGCCGCCCAGCCCUGCCGCCCUGCGCCUCAGCCCCCAGCUUACUCGCAGUUCCAAAAUCCCGUGUCGUAGCAAUACAUACGAGGUGUACCAUUCUCCCGCACCCAGCCGAAAGGGUUCCCCCGACAGCCCCUUCCCCACUGACCCUGGUUUUGCUGCGGGGCACCCCUCCCCCAAGGCUGGUCGGCACCUUGUCCCUGUGCCACCCAAAGUCACGCCAACCUCCCCAGACCCUUUUGGCUACCACAAGCCCCACGAGUAUGAGAACAUCCUGGAGCUGUCCCUCAGCAGUGCCAUGGGCUCUCAUUCUCACCCACCGCGAGAGGCCAAGCCAGACGUGUCUGAAGCACAUCCGCCCGCCUGCCGCUCAGCACCUCUCCGGACAGUGCCCCCCAGUGACGGUUCUCCGGAGCCUGGCCUGUUUGCCGGUGGGCGGGAGAGGGCGGGGGCAGAGGGCCGGAACUCCCCGCCUCUUGCUCGCCGAAACACAGACGGCUCCAAGAAGGCUGCAAACGGGCCAAGCAAGCGGGUGCCUGAGGUGGCCAACCUGCCCUUCAAGGAGCGCCUCACUGUGCUCGGGAGGCUGAAGGGCCCCGAGGGAAAGGAGCAAGCAAACUCCGAGAAGGGGAGGGCCCCGGCCCGGCCCUGUGAGCGUUCGGAGAGCUUUGCUGAAGCCCACCCUAGGCUGGGCACUGGGAGCAGCAGCCUCAAGCACCACGAGCCUUGCCACGGUGCGGAGCCCACCCCUCGGUGCUACUCUUCACACUCUGUGGGCUCCCGGGGGAAUGACCCCGAGCACCACAGCUCCAAGAACCGUCAGCUGGGGAUGCCGGCCACGAGGAACUCUGCCAAGGCCCCGGCCCCAGGAAAGAAUGUCAAGAGCCCUCACGGGAGUCCUACUAAGUUACCUUCCAAAUCUCCUACCAAGGCCCCUGGGCAGGAGCCCAAGCCAUGCCUGCCACCUGCCAAGCCUCCCGCCACCAGUGUGGGCCGCAAGAACCCCCCUUGCCCGGACCCUGCCAAGGGCAAACCCGGACUCCCGGCCAGCAUUGAAGAAAAGGUGAUGAAGGGCAUCGAAGAAAAUGUCCUGCGGCGCCACAAAGGAGGGCCCGUGGCUGGUGAGGCAAAGCAGAAGAACUCGAGCGGCCUCGCUAGCUGGUUUGGCCUGCGGAAGAGCAAACUGCCCGCCCUCAGCCGGAGGCCAGAGCCCCCCAAAGCCAAGGAGGGCAAGCUGGUCUCUCGCCGGCUGGAGGCAGAGAGCCUUAACAUUUCCAAACUCAUGGAGAAGGCGGAGGACCUGCGCAAGGCCCUGGAAGAGGAGAAGGCCUAUAUCAAUGGGCUGGCCUUGGACAAACCACGCCCCCACACCUGUGAUGCGGGCCACAGCCAACUCACCCUCAUGUACCAGGAAGUGACUGCGGAGAACUUCAUGCAGCAGCUGCUCAACAGGGUGGAUGGGAAAGAGGCUCCGUUUGAGGGUCACCUGGAGCAGAAGAGUGAGCUGCAGGGCCUGCAGAGGGGCUUGCAUGAUGCCAAAGACCCCCGGCUCAUCCGACCUCCACGCAAUGGCAUCAUCGGGCACCUCCAUGCCUGUCCGGAGGCCCCUCCAAAGCUUCAGGAUGCGACUUUGCGAGAGGAGAUGCCGUCUGACGACAGCCUAGCUGAUUCGGUGACUUCUCAGCACUUCGCAGUAUGUAGCUCUUUGACGCGGACCCUGGACAGCGGCAUUGGCACCUUCCCGCCACCAGAUUACUGCAGCGGGAUGCCGUGCAAGAGCGUGCCUAAGUUGAGACCCCGGCUCGGCCCUCAGCCGUCUGGUUCCUUCCCAGUUAGGGGUCCCCCGCCUGUCACCAAGGUGCCCCGCAAAGCCCGGACGCUGGAGAGGGAGGUGCCCAGUGCGGAGGAUCUGCUGGGGCCUAGCAAGCACCAAAGCAUGCCAGCUUUCCACGGGGUCUUAACCAGCGCUGAGCCAUCCCCGGGGCAUCGUGAUCGCAGGGGCUGCUCAGGAGAUCUCUGCAGUGCUCCCAGCAAGCCACAGCCCUUCCAGCAGAGCAAGAACUGGACUUUCCCCAAUGCCAAAGCAUCUGCUGGCACGGAUCCCUUUCUCUGCUCUCCUCGCAGGAUGGAGGGACUUCAUGGGUCUGCAGUGGGUUCAGCUUGUGGCGUAGUUGAGAGGAGACGCACCUCAUCGGAUGGGCCUCAGGCCUCGCCGGCCUUCAGCACCAGCAGCAGCCGCACUCCCAGCGCUUCCGACGUGGGUGAAGAGGUCAGCACAGAGGCCCAUUCCAGGGAGACGGGUCCGGAAGGCCAGCCGGGCCUGGAGAACUCCGAGUCCCUCAGUGACUCUCUCUAUGACAGCUUGUCCUCCUGUGGCAGCCAGGGCUGAGCAGGGCUGGGGACGGGGCCGAGUUUGGGGCAUCGGCUUACGGUGCCACACGCUCCCCGCCUGGUGCUCCAGAAGGCCCAGCUCUGCCUCCGGGAUUCUGCUCGAGUCUCCCAAACCAAAUCUUGGCCCUGCACCAGAAUACGAUGCGUCUUCCACACCCAGCACUCCUGUCUGUCCCAAAGCAGGGAACUUUAUUAACCAGGGCACCUGGAGAGAAGGGGUGGGUGGGACAGGAACCGGUCCCAUUGUGUCUGCUCCCGCUUAGCUACGGAUCCUGUGCUACUUUCUGAUGCACUGAGGAGGGGUCCCGGGUGGGAUCUGUCUUGCCUUGCCCAUCCCUUGGCCAACUCAUGGAGCUUGUAAAUUCACCGCAGGGAGGGAUGGAUCCAGGCAUCUGGGCUGCUGGGGGAGUCUCCUUUGAGGAACAGGCCGUCCUGGGGAACUCACAUCCACCCACAGUUCCCACCAGCUAGCUAUCCUGGGGCUGGUGUCUCUUUUGCUGGCCGGGAGCAGGAGCAGACCUUGGAAAGGAGAACGUCCCGUAUCUGCCUCUGCAAAAGCUGCCUCGCUCUUACCUCACUGGUUGUGCAAACUCUUGCCUAAGCGUAUUACUUAAGCUCCUCUGCUUCUCGACAGUCAGAGAGUGCAUUGGGCUUUGCCAAAUUCAGGAUUUCCUUCCCGAGGGGCAUGAGGAGUGGGGGACGGGGAUGUCUUCAAUCCACCCCUUGUGUUCGAGAGCCAUGGCUGCUGGAGCGUACCAAACAGAAGGUGGCGGUGAAGGGGGGGGGGAGGAGGAGAAGUGUUUGGAAGGCUGCUGUCUCCACCCCAUUUCCUCCCAGCACUGUGACCUCCCAGCAGUCUCUCGGUUUGCUGGGACUGAGCUUCCAACCGGAUGGAACGGUUCCUCCUUCCCAGUGCGACCAACUAGCUCGGGUGCUUCUCUACCUUAAAUCAGGUCUCCCUGGGUCCUAGAGCGACCAUGGGCUCAGGAUGGACUGUUGGCCCCCCCGCCCCUUCCACGUAAUGUUUUUUAACGUUAAGUUGUAAAUGUUGCUGUUUAGUUUUCCGCACAGUCAUGCCACCUCUUCUGUCCUUUCCCUGUUUUUCCGAUGGGAACCUUGUCGGUUUCCUCCAAUGGUGCUAUUUUGCUGUGUACAGGCCUUUCUCCUUAGGAGACCUUCUUCGUUGUCCCUUUUUGAUUUUUUUUUUUUAAUAUAAAAUUAAGAUGUCUUUUGCUCUCCUUAUUUAUAUAAGUUAUUGUGUAAAUGAGGCUGUUUGUUGUCUUUGCUCUCCCAGAAAAUAAAGGGGAAAAGAGAGCUCCUGGCUGGAUUGAAUGUGGGGUGUUCGGGGCCUGACGUGCUGCGCACCUUUUUCUGUCUUGUUCAAGAACUCCCUUUGGCGACACAGCCGCCUGCCUGUGUGUGGCAUGUUGCAUGGGGUUUCUCUGCUCUAAUGGCGCACUGUAAGAUGGCUGCACUUGCACCCAACCAGGUGGCUUAAUUUUUGAAGGCACACUUCAGGUCCUGUUUGGGAAUCACGGAAUUUUUUCCAGCCUGUGAGCAGACAGAGGUGUUAGGAUGAUGUAGUAACAUGGGGGACGGUCUCUUCAGUGGAACGAGGCUCCUAGAAUUACAGUGGGAUUUGCUAUGCCCUCGCCAUCUCUGCUUUAAGCACUUUGGCCAUGAUUGGGGGGAAUUCACAUACUUAGCACACAAUUCUGCAGCUGUUAACACGGGGAAACGGGAUGUUGGAAAACCGUUCCUGAAACAAGUUGUUGCCUGCAAUGGGGCUGUUAUCAAAGAGGACCCUGGCAGCAGGCUGUCAAGCUGUGGUGACAGAGAACUACGUUUAACUGAAAGGAAGACUGUGCUAUGAAUAAAAAG